UAAUUAUUUUUGUCUUUGAUAACAAUACCUUUUUUAUAGUGUUGAUUAUCAUAAAAAAAAUAACACUCCUGAUCGUUGGAUCUUUCUUGAAAUUACAAUUGGAUCUUUUUUGACAACCGUUUUGAUUCAGUCCGCACCAAGGUGCUAUACUAUAGGUGGACCGCAAUGUCAAAAUUGCUGUUCGGCCAUUGCUCGUGAAAAAACAAAUUUGUUUACAAAACAUAUCAUAUCUUUUGGUGACAAAUUCAUUCGUCGGCAAAAUAGCUGCUCGCGCUUUACUAUAUCUACAAUCAGCGGUCGAAUUAAAAACAGUGCAGAAGGAUGUUUUGAGUAUGUUUUAGCUUCUAGCCGCGCAAUCAAUGCUUUUUUUCCAAGCAAGAUGUACUUCUGUUUGGAUCCUAUCGGCGGGGAAAAAAGUACUUACAGCGACGGUGACAAGAAAUAGCGCUGAUUGCGAGAUUACCAGAUCCAGAAGAUCCGGAAGGGCUGUUACAAGUAAUUGGUUUUGCUAGAGCAAAAGGAGGUUGACAAUGAUUGCAACAGGUGAAAUAAACUGUUGGAAUCACGACUAUCGAUCACGCCAGAAGAACCGGAAAAAGUUGUUGAAAGUAAUUGGCCACAGAAAAGUAUCCAUUUAUGAAGUCUAUCUCCAUCUCGGGGGAAAGUGUGGUAAACAAUGUCCGGGUUGUUUUUCGUUAUGCGGACCUUGUUUCCGCAUCCUUUUACUGCACAAUAAUACGGCAUCUGAAGAAAAUAAGAUAUUCACAAUAUAAUUUUGGCAUGAUAGAGAACCGCGAGAUGAACGAUUAUCUGUGGAGGAGUUGGACAACAGAUUUCUUAGACUUAUAGCACUUUAAUCACACUCACAAGCUCUUCAAAUCCUCACUGUCCCCCAAAACUAUUGAAUAAUAUGUAAUAUAAAUACCUUAUUGCAGCUCUAGUACACUAUUUUUCACGAAUAUAUAUUUGCUUAUUUCUUUCUUCAGUUGUUUUCCUCAGCGAGUUGAUAUGAAACCAUAACGACACAACCAAACAAAAAGUAAACAAUGCAGAAAGCUACGUCUCGCAACUCGUCUCACGUAUUGUCAUGAAAGUGUCAAGAACGAAACACCUAUAGUUUAGCAUCUUGGUCCGCACUAUCUAGCGUGUGAACAAUUUCAUUUCCGAAGCGUGUCGCCCUCCGCAUUUAGCUGGAUUCUGCUUAGGUAACGAUCAAAACGGCGACUGUCAAAUCAUACAAACAAAAACAACGUGCAUCUCGAGGAGAUCGCUUCGAUUUUAUGAUUCGCGGAAUUAUACUGAGUGUACGAAAAUAAACGGAAAUUGAAAGUGCAAAAUGAGUGAUUCUGAAUCGGACGCAAAUGACCAGGCCGGGGAAAUGGAACAUUUCAACGGUCCGGUGGAGAACGCAUGGCUUCUCAAAAUUCCGGAGUUCAAACCGGAUGAUAACCCGAACGGUUUGCUGGAGGAGAGCUCAUUUUCCUGUCUGUUUCCCAAGUAUCGAGAAAAGUAUAUCAAGGAGUGCUGGCCCUUGGUCGAGAAAGCGCUCGAUGGUCACCAUCUAAAGGCGGAACUGGAUUUGAUUCAAGGCAACAUGAACGUGAAGACGACGAGGAAAACGUGGGAUCCGUUUAUUAUCCUGAAGGCGAGAGAUCUGAUAAAACUUCUUUCGAGAUCGGUACCAUAUGAGCAGGCAGUUAAAGUGCUAGAGGAUGAAAUCAGUUGCGAUAUCAUAAAGAUUAAAAAUUUGGUUCGAAACAAGGCGAAGUUCGUGAAACGGAGGAAUCGUCUGAUUGGUCCCAACGGGUGCACCCUAAAAUCGCUGGAAUUGCUCACGAAUUGUUAUGUUCUGGUUCAGGGAGCGACGGUCAGUGCCAUUGGGCCAUACAAAGGACUCCAGUGUGUCAGGAAGGUGGUGGAGGAGACGAUGAAGAAUAUACAUCCCAUUUAUAACAUCAAAGCGCUCAUGAUUAAACGAGAGCUGAUGAAGGAUGAAAAACUAAAGGACGAAAACUGGGAACGUUUCCUGCCCAAAUUUCAGUCAAAGAAUACGACCAAGCGUAGCAAGCCCAAGGAGCAAAAGAAGAAAAAGAACAAAGAAUUCACACCUUUCCCGCCACCGCUGUUAGAAAGCAAAGUGGACAAGGAGCUGGCUUCGGGCGAAUAUUUUCUUACGGAAAAACAGAAGAAGGCUAAACGUAACCACGAACGGAGGGAGAAGGAGAAAAAGAAUGCGGAUACCCAAAAAGUACGACGUGAGAAGGAUUUCGUGGCGCCGGAUGAGAGUAGACCCAAAAAAGCCAGCGCUGCGACGGAUAAGGUGGAUGUGAAGGCGCUGAAAAAUAAAAUUGCAAAAGCAAAUAAGAAAGCUAAAAUAAAAAAGUGAUGAUAUUUGUCCAUAAAAUAAGAUAGGUGCGUUUUUAAUUCGAAAUUCCUGACUGAAGGCUUGAAAUACAGCUGAAACAGUUUGUUAAAGCGAAAAAAAGUUUAUGGGUCUGAGCCUAGGGAAACGGACGGGAUCUUGUCAUAGGACUGUGAUUGUGUGUAGUAAUUGCAUUUAAAAUUGUUUAUCAUUGUUCAAAAUCUGUUUUUUUUCUCUUUUGAUACUGUAAGAAAUCGAAAGAAUUAGGCAAUUCAAUUUCAAUAUCGUAAACGAUCGAAAGAAGGACAGAUUCGAUAUGAGCGAACUGUGUGUACGAUCCUAAAAUAGCAAUCUCACCUACCGGUAGCGGGUGCAAUAAAACCCAAUGCAAUAAAAUAACGGAAAGGAAAGGGACUAAAUAGAUCGCACACAUUUCUUAUCGUGCUAAGUUCGUUGCCCUUGGAAUGCAGUUAUGAGUCAAAGAUAAGCUCUAACUAGGUUGCAUGUGGUAAAUCACAGAUAAGCGAUAGGUAAAGGACUUAUUUGCAAAGGAGCAAGAACGAUUAUAGUUUUCUCUUUCCUUCACACAUUAGGCUAGAAUUAGGAUAGAAUAGAAAUUGUAUAAAAACCCAAGG